CUACACCGAUAUUGUAGUGUGUUGUUCAACGUCUUAGCUUUAUGUCAUCAUGUUUUUUUUUUAAUCUGCCUGAAGUUUUACAUAAAGUGAACCCUUCCUAAGAGAGAGCAAUGUGACGUCCUAUCCACAAAAUACAUUCUAAAAUCCGUUUUUUUUUUUAGUUUAUUUAAUGUUGUUCUACCCCACCGAAUUUGACUCUAACGAAGUUAAGUGCAGUAGUACAUGUCAUCACUCUUGGUAAAACGUAACGGCAACCGGUGGCUCAGCGAAGACUUCUACAACAUCCGGGCAUUCCACAGCCCUGCGCAGAAACGGAAUGGCGGAGGUCCGAUGGGCUCAGGAGAUCUCAGUCACUGUCUGUCAUACUUUUUGAGCUGGAGAAAUGAAGAACAAGUGUCUGCCACAACCACCAGGUCCCUAGCAAGGGUCUUGAGGAGGCCAGGGGUCCUGCACACAGGGGCUGUAGAGAUGGCGUCUCACCCCCACACAGGCCGUGAGAUGUCUCUGGAGGAGCUGCUAGCGCUCUAUGGCUAUGACAUGCCCAACCCACUCAUCCAGCAGGAACGAGAGUCCAGUGCACUCACAGCCAGUCUGCCAGACAUCACGCUGAACAAGGUGAGCCCUGUAACGCACAACUCCAUACUCAGAGCCACUGGAUUGUACCAAUGAACACUGGCACUGUUUCAUAGCAUCCUUCACAUCUCAACAUUCACACAUAGUUUGUAAACAAAUACAGUUUGUGUCAGUCCGUAACUAAAUUAAUUUGGCCCAUGAGAUAAUUAAGUGCUAUAGCUAUGUUAUGAGUCCGUAUUUGAAAGAACGCAGCCUUGGUCAUUGUCCACACAAGGAACAUACAAAUAGUUUCCCCUGUGUUGUGUUGAGUUAUUGAUGACCCACAAACAAGACAAAUGAUUUCAGGCCUUUAUGAACAGGAUCACAGAUAUGCUGUGGUAAAUAAGGGUUUUCUCAUCCCAGUAUAUACAUUUUUGCUCAGUUGGCCAGUUUGACCUUAAGCGGAGCGGUAUUCUGUCAACUGUUAUCUAAACACAACCAUUUGAUCUGUAGAAUGCCAAGCGGUAUUACAUCUAUAAGUGCGGAGCAGUCUCACAUGGCAGUUCCUAACAUACCAUGUGUCCUUGAGAGACUGACAGUGUGAUUGCACCUUUGGCAGCAAAGCUUGAUAAAACCAUAGCAUAACAUGAGAAUUUUCCACACCACAUUGUGAGCAAAACAGAAACUGUACACGUCAGUGAUGAAUCUCACAAAGGUAAUGGCACAUAUAUAAAUUGACUUUGGGUUGAUUUUGAAUCCAUUGGAACAGCCUUUAACCAAUCAGCAUUGAACACUAUGGAAUUGCUAUACUUCCUACUUUGCCACUAACGUUGCAAACUGAUAUAUUUACCUUUUCCCAAACACCUUGGGCAGUAAGAAAACAAUGUAUUUUCCCAUGAUAAAUUAUUGUACACAUUCUUCUUGCUACGGCUUCAACUCUUUGAUGUAGUAGUGUUGCUAUUAGGGGUGACGCGGAAUAGUGGACUAUUCAGCGGUUCGAUCUAAGGAGCCUGAUUCGACUACUACUCUUACAGUCGAAUCAUCAUGUGGUAAUGGAAAAAGAAUAAUUCCAUUUCGACUGUAUGGGGGGUGCUGAACGUCUAUUUUUAUAAAAGAGUUGCUUGGUUUCUCCCAAUUAAAUCAACUAAGUUGCACUAUCCAAUUUUCAGAACCAUCAGAGCAGCAUUUUUCAAUGUUUUUAGCUACCUAAUAGCUUACAAUGUCAAAGAUGGUACAAAAAAGUAAAAUGUAAGUUGUGUCAACAGCUUCUAUUAUACCACUAACAUGGCCUACCGCUUAAAAAGGGUUAGUAACAUACAGGUUCGCCAAGAAAAUCGUUGGGCUAAAAAAAAUACUUUUGUCUUGUCAUUCUUGAUGUAGGCAUAUCAUAUGAUAGAGGGUCUUAUAGGAUAUAUUAUUUUCUGUAGAUGCACCCGCUGUACCUCUACGGCCCCAAGAUUAACACGAUGUGAAACUCGAUGUGAGACCACCACUCUCCAAGAAGAG